AAAAACUUUAUAGAGAUUUCGAAAAUGCAAGCAAAAUUCGGCAUGAAGCUUUGAGUUGAACGCCAAAGCAAAUACUACUCCAAAGAACAACGUUCAGAUGACAACAAAUGACCAGUAAAGAGAAUAAAGUCUGAACUUUACUGAGUGUAGAAUUUUUACUCGUUUUCCUCGUUUAGCUUGGUAGCUUCAGGCAAGGAAUGUAGACUUGAGACUUCACGACUUGUAGAUAAGAGUGCCUUUAUUUGCUAGGCCCUGUACAAAUCGCAUAGCGUUAAGUUUGUCUGUAGAAAAGUUUUAAAACAAGAAGAGUUUACGCACAAGGUUGGCGUUUGGACAAGACGUUGUCGUGACACCGUCGCACGUUAUCAUUCAAGUCUUACACUACAAGACCACCCCGUAGCGUAUCGAAAAUGAAAGAUAGUGUCUUCGAAUCCGCAGCAGAAGAACAAGUACGAAUCCCACUUACUUGUGAUGUCUGUGAUUUACAGAGUGUCGAAUAUAGCUUUAUUAUCAACGUUGCACGGAGGUCGCUUCCAAGUGUUUUCCUGAAGUGGAAUAGAAGAAUAUUCCUUCUUUCAACGGUACCAGGAAUUGUUCUCAAGCUCAAAAAAAUGUAAAGUUCUCGUUCGAAAAGACAAAAAAAUUUGCAUAAUUUUGGUAUUGAGGUUUCAUUCAAGUGUUCUAUAUCAAAAUGAAGUUGAGUUGGCGAAUAAAUGCAAUGAGGAAACGCUUUAAUGAGCUUUCGGAAGACUAUAAAAUGAAAUGAAUUGUUCUUUAUCAAU